AUGAAUCAAGGCGCGAGGGCUCGGUACAUCAAGACCGGCUGCUUGAUCUUUUUCGUGCUUGCCGUAAUCUACUACAUCACAGGUGCCAGCUAUGGCUCAAGCACCGUUGGGGGAGGCAAAUUCCGGGGCGGCGAUGUUGCGAGCGAUGCUUCGGUAGCAACGAGCAAAUGCACGCGGAGCUAUUCGAAAGAUAAGCCAUUGAUACAGUACGCGCUCAUGAUCGACGCUGGCAGCACGGGAAGCAGAAUCCAUGUCUACAGAUUCAACAACUGCGGUCCUACACCUGAGCUGGAAGGUGAGGUCUUCAAGAUGACGGAGAAGAAGGAGGGUGGAAGCGGGCUGAGCAGCUACAAGAGCGACGCAGAGGGUGCUGCGAAGAGCUUGGAUGUGCUUAUGGAUGUUGCUGUAGAAAAUGUGCCUGACAAGCUCAAGAGCUGCACUCCAGUCGCAGUGAAGGCUACUGCGGGUCUGCGAAAGCUCGGUCCGGAGAUGAGCGAUGCGAUUCUGAAAGCCGUCAGACAUCGCUUGGAGACUGUGUACCCAUUCCCGGUCAUCAGCGAAGAGAAGGGCGGCGUUGAAGUCAUGGACGGCAAGGACGAGGGUGUCUACGCAUGGAUCACUACCAACUAUCUGCUUGGUAAGAUUGGAGGCCCAGACAAGACACCUACUGCUGCUGUUUUUGAUCUCGGUGGUGGCAGCACGCAGAUCGUGUUCCAGCCAACGUUCAAAGGUGCUGAGCAUGGCGGUAUGCCGGAGCAACUGGCAGAGGGCGACCACAAGUACGAGUUGUCUUUCGGCGGACGGGACUUCACGCUCUACCAACACUCAUAUCUUGGCUAUGGUCUGAUGGAGGCCCGAAACAACCUGCACCGAGUGGUUGUUGAAGGUCUGUACGAGAGCAACAAGGAUAGUACAGGGUGGAUCAAAGAGCCGAUCGUCAAUCCUUGCUUCAAUGUGGGCAUGAGCAAGGAAGUGGAAGUUCCGCUGAGCUCGGGACACCCUCUCGGCGCCUCUGUUACGGUCAACAUGACAGGUCCACGGCGUGGCAGCCCAGCUCAAUGCCGCGCGCUUGCCGAGAAGACACUGAAGAAGGAAGCCGACUGCAAACUUGCGCCUUGUGCAUUCAACGGUGUCCAUCAGCCAAGCCUAGAGAAGACAUUCGCCAGCGAAGAUGUCUAUCUCUUUUCCUAUUUCUACGACCGCACACAGCCGCUCGGCAUGCCAGAGUCCUUCACGCUCCGUGAGCUGAAGGAGCUGACUGCGCGUGUGUGCCAAGGCGGAGAUGCGUGGAACGUGUUCAAGUCUGUACCGGGUGCUCUGGACGAGCUGAACGACCGGCCGGAAUCGUGCUUGGACCUGAACUUCAUGCUGGCGUUGCUUCAUACGGGCUACGAGAUGCCGAUUGACAGAGAAGUCAAGAUCGCGAAGAAGAUCAAGGGUAACGAAUUGGGUUGGUGUUUGGGUGCCUCUUUGCCGCUCCUCAGUCAGGACAGCGGCUGGAGCUGUAAAAUCAAGCAGGUGCAAUGA